ACCCUCAAAGGAAAAUAUGAAGACCCAUUCUUUGUUAUAAACACACAACUUCUCUCUUUUUAGAAUCUCUAGUCUUGCGAUCCGAAGACCCAAUUUUCUUUCUAAUCUCCUGAAAACGAAAUGGAUCUUGUAAGUUCAAGUGAAUCACUUAUUGAUGAUCUUCUUGAUGAAUACUGGUUCUUUGAGAACUUAUUUACCAGAAGCUCAAGAGUCUUAAGGUACUGUCACUCAGAUCCUUACCCUUCUUCUUCUUCUUCUUUGACGACUUCUCCUGAAAAAAUGGGAGAUUCGGAUCCAAAGAAGAUUCUAGAAGCGUCCACAAGGGGAUAUUUGAUCAGGGUCCCCUAUUUAGAUAGAAGUGAAGGCGGAUCAGAGACGAAACAGUUCUCUGAAAAGAUUAGGGUUCAAGACCCGAGACAAGUCGGAUCUUUCUUGCAGAAGAAGGAACAUAUGAUUCUUCCCAAAUCCGGAUCUUGUUCGGCUCCAAGUAAGAUUCAAGAAGCUUCCACAGAGCAUUGUUUGAUCCGGGCACCUUCUUUGCCGCCUCGGAUAGAAAAAAGAGAAAUGGAUUGCGAGGCGAAGAAGAUGAUCAAUAAGCUAACGAGGCAGUUCUCUGAGAAGAUUAGGAGCCUAGAACCGACGAGACCAGGUGAGAGUUUCUUGCAGAAGAAAACUAUGGUUCGAGAGAAAAGGAGCAUGACAGGAGGAAGUAGUAGUAGUAGUGCCAAGAUUAGUUUGCAGAGAACUCAAACGAUGCCAAAUAACAUAAUAAGAAAAGAAGACGAAUUUGAAGAUCAAGAAAGUGAUUCAAGAAUGGGAUUCUUGAUCCGCGAAGCCCUCGCUAGUUCACAAGAUGUUCCAAAGGUUUCAAGCAAUCAAAGGCAGAGACCACCAAGAAACUUGCGCUCAGAAGAAACUGUAAUGGUCAAACAUGGAAGCUCAAGUCCCAAAACGCUGCGUAAAACGUUAAGCAGCAUAGAAACAACCAAAGAGAUUAUAAAGCUGAAAGGUUAUGAUGACCAACUGAUCCACCCACGCGUCAUGGCUGGAUUGGCUACACCCCCUAGGGUUCCUAAGGAUUCGAGGAAAGAAAUGAAGGAUCAGAUCAAGUUCUGGGCUCGAGCCGUAGCUAGUAAUGUCCGACAAGAGUGCUGAGAAUUCAUUUAAUAACACUAAUUAACUGUGUUUUUGUAUGACACUAUUCCGUACAGAUGAUUCUUAUCUUGAACUCUUUUGUUGUUUUAUUUG